CUGGAGCUGUGAAGCUGACUCGUGGGGCCAGGGAUGGUGUGCGGGGCUGGAGGACGAGCCGCCGCUAGGUCGGUGGGCUCCACAGCCACAGUCAGCCCUCCCGUGACUCUCCAGGUCCGGCUGUGAUGCUCUAGGCCGCGUCGAGGGUGAGCACACGCCAUCUAUGGGUCUGCCCUGAUCGUCGAGCCUGCUUAUGGGGGAAGGUGACAGCAUCUGGGCCCCGUCUGUCCUUCCUCACGGCACCCUCAGCACCUUGACCCGCCACCCCCAGCUGCACUUUGGAAGAGAGAUGGAGUCCAAGGUCUCAGAAGGUGGCCUGAACGUGACCCUGACCAUCCGUCUGCUGAUGCACGGAAAGGAGGUCGGCAGCAUCAUCGGGAAGAAAGGAGAGACCGUGAAGAAGAUGCGAGAGGAGAGCGGGGCGAGAAUCAACAUCUCUGAGGGAAACUGCCCGGAAAGAAUCGUGACCAUCACGGGCCCGACGGACGCCAUCUUCAAGGCCUUUGCCAUGAUUGCCUACAAGUUUGAGGAGGACAUCAUCAACUCCAUGAGCAACAGCCCAGCCACCAGCAAGCCCCCGGUGACACUGAGGCUGGUGGUCCCUGCCAGCCAGUGCGGGUCGCUGAUCGGCAAAGGCGGCUCCAAGAUCAAGGAGAUCAGGGAGUCCACAGGUGCCCAGGUCCAGGUGGCCGGGGACAUGCUGCCCAACUCCACGGAGCGGGCAGUGACCAUCUCGGGGACCCCCGACGCCAUCAUCCAGUGUGUCAAGCAGAUCUGUGUGGUCAUGCUGGAGUCCCCACCGAAAGGUGCCACCAUUCCCUACCGCCCAAAGCCCGCCUCCACCCCUGUCAUUUUUGCAGGUGGUCAGGCCUACACGAUCCAGGGACAGUACGCCAUCCCCCACCCAGAUCAGUUGACCAAGCUCCACCAGCUGGCCAUGCAGCAAACCCCCUUUCCUCCCCUCGGACAGACCAACCCCGCUUUCCCCGGAGAAAAGCUGCCUUUACACUCCUCCGAAGAAGCUCAAAAUCUGAUGGGCCAGUCGUCAGGUCUGGAUGCCAGCCCCCCGGCCAGCACACACGAGCUCACCAUUCCCAAUGAUCUAAUAGGCUGCAUAAUCGGACGCCAAGGCGCCAAAAUCAAUGAGAUCCGGCAGAUGUCCGGGGCGCAGAUCAAAAUCGCCAGCGCCACGGAGGGGUCAUCAGAGCGCCAGAUCACCAUCACGGGCAGCCCGGCCAACAUCAGCCUCGCCCAGUACCUCAUCAACGCCAGGCUGACGUCCGAGGUCACCGGGAUGGGCGCGCUCUAACCCCGCCGGCGUCCCCACUGCAGCCUCGCCACCUGUGCAGCCCGCCCACCCCCUUGCAGAUCUAGAGGUUUUCUUUACUAACAGAGCUGUCUAUGCCUAGAGAUGCGCCCACCGCGCUCUAGCUGUGUCCACAAGCCCAGCCCCGCCCUGACGCUGCUCCGUGUUCAUUUACGCCCAUCUCCUCCCGCGUUGGCAUGCCGUGUUCAUUCUUUUAAAUGCUUUGGGGCCACUCCCACCUGUGACCUUUUAGAAACAUCCCUUAGUGUCCAUGUAACUGUUUUAAGACUUGGUUUGACGUCUGGACGGCGCUCCUGGCAGCUGCCCCUCCCAGGCCCUCGGCCUCGGCUCCUGUGGCCGCGCAGGUCGGCGCCGGGCGGGCGCUCGUCUC